AUGGAAGAUUACGAAAAUAAAGACUUGAUGGAUACUACGUCAAGUUAGUUUUAUUUUAUCACUUGCGGGGUAAAUAAUUUUUAUAAACAUUUUUUAUUAUAAACGAAACAUAAUAUUUCUCAAGUCAUAUAUGAAAACUUAUCAUACGGUCUGUGAAACGAUCAAUGGUGCAAUAGUCGGAGUAUUCCGGCAUUACACCGGUUGUCAGACGGUUUGAUGGAUUUUUAUAAAUAAUUUUUUAUUAUAAACAUAAUAAAUGUAUUAUAUUUUUAUAAUAAUUUUUAGUUAUAUUUUAUUAUACGAAUAUAUAUAUAUAUUUAUUAUAUAUAUUUUUAUAAAUAUAUUUUAUAUAUUUAUCGAAUGUAUAUUUUUUUUUUAAUUUAAAGAUUCAUAUAUGGAAAACGUGUUUCAUCCGCCAACACAAUAUCGGCUGUUAGAGCUAAGAAGGUGCCUAUGAAUAUUAUACAGUCUCCAGGGUUUAUAGAAAUCUCUUCCUCGACAAACCGAAAAAUUGUAUGGCAUUACACUAAAAAUACUAAUAAUCACCAAAACUUCCCUGUUUUUCUCCGAUCGGUUAAACCAGCUCUAACUAAUUUAUUGAAACCACGCGUUCAGCUUAGACCAAUCAAAUUUAAUUUGAAGCUCGAGGCGACUUAAUUCCAACCACUCGUCGAAAACUCGUCGGAGUAUAGGGCCUUUAAGACAUCAGCUGUUGACAUUUUUAGAGAGUAGAUAUUGCAGAGAUUAUAGAGAGAACCUACAUGAAAUUAUUGGAUGAAGUAGAAACUUAUAAGAGUAGAGGAAGUGGGUUUACGCUCUAGUCUAUAGAUGGUUUAUUGUUAGCGGUGUAUAGGUAUACACCUUUAUCAGUCUCCUCGUAUAUCCAAUUACCCGCAUACAUUGAAAACCAACGAGCCACAAUAAACCCUCAAAACACUGAUCAGCAGUGUUUUAAGUGGGCUAUAUUAGCGAAACACGUGAUGGGGCACUCGGUUCAUCGUUUAUUAGAAAAUUAUUUUAAACACGAGGAUAGAUAUAAUUUUGAAGGUAUUUCAUUCCCUAAACCACUCUCGGAUAUUUAAAAAUUUGAAAAAAAAAUAUAUUUUAAAUAUAUUUUUUUUUAAAUAGGUAUACGAGGCGGGUUAGUGCAGGCUGGUCUGAGAUAUGCCAAAGCUAAUAACGAGAAGACACCCGAAUACGACGAGAAGAAGGAUAAAUCGUGGUUAAUCUAUCAAGACU